AUGGCCCAUACCGUCUAUUGGCCUGCAAAAACUUUCUUCUACCCUGUCGGCAAUACAUCUCCAAUCUCCCUUCUUCAACACGUCCCACCUGAAGAUGACGCUGAUAUCCUGUUGCUCGGCUGUGGAGACCCGAGAAGUAUAUUGUAUACGAUUCAUGCAAGUGGGGUCGACCAAACACCUACGAAGCGAAAACUGGAUUUUACCUGUUGUGACAUCGAGCCCGCCAUCGUCGCCCGGAACAUUCUCUUAUUCACGUUCAUCGCCGAUGGUGAAUAUGCCAAGCGACUGGACGCUAUCUGGAACAUCUUCUACCACUUCUUUCUAAACGACGCCUCCCUUGCCCUGUUACAUUCGCAAACCGACAAACUCGCCAACGUCUCUGUGGAUCUGGAGACGUGGGAACAAUCCGGGUACUCGCGCUUCCUCGAGAUCAGUAAUAGCUUCACCCUGGGCGAGCUGCAUCGCCACUGGUUACUGUACUCCCAAACGAAGUCAUUCUCGUCCGCUCGUCGGGCACAGUUUAGUGAGCAGUUCUCGUUCGGGAUGGAGAAGAUUCGAACGGACAAGAAGAACUUCUCUGACAUGACCGCUUCUCGCUCUGCCGGUCCAGCUGCCCUGAUAGCCAUGUCGUCCAGCAUCGAAGCGUCCCAUUCAUUUUGGCAGACCGGCACCACAUUCACUUCUCAAUCCGAUAUUGGCACUGCAACGGAAGUGAAUCCAACAUUCGCCUAUGCCAUGGGCGGUGAAGGGUUCAUGGCCCACUACGGUACGAACCCCCUCGCCGCCUUCCACCUCGCCCCCAUCUUUGCAACGGCAAAUGUGAGAGGUCAGACGCCUCUGAGCCAAGUCUACGAUGGCAUCAGGGGACAAUUUCGCGCUUGGUGCGAAGCGUUCUAUGUUUGCGUGCAAGAUCCCACCGACAAGAUCAAGAUCAGGGUCGUGGUCGCUGACGCUCUUGCUUUCUGCCAAGCCCUGCAGCUUACCGCAGCGCGGAGCGAUCCUUCCGUAUAUCCUCGCGUAUGCCCUUGGAGAGCUCCUCUCUUGACGUUGGAUGGCAAGAGCUACUCGACCGGCGCUGCACCUCUCACAUUCGACGUCAUUGACACCUCAAACCUUUUCGACCAUAUUGGGAACGUCAAUGCCCUGGUCGUAACCGUCCCAUUGCUGAAACGAACGCCGUCAGCUGCGUUAUACACAGAGUCACUUCUCACCUCAGGCGAAGAUCCUAUUGUAUCUUUCGCCGACAGCCUCUGUGGAGACGUAACAACUAUGUCUUUGCUCUUUGAUGUCACCCCCGUAGCAUACCUGUCGGGUUAUAACACUCAAUCCAACAUCCACGAGCUACUGGGGUUCCACGUUCGCGAUAACAGUGCGCAGUACCAUGAACGGUUGAUCUGGAAAGUUCCUUCCCAACUCUUAGGCGGGAACUCUCGUCCGGUGGCACUGGACGCCUCACAGUUCGCUUCCCUACUCUUCGACAUCUACCGCAGAAUGUUUGCCCACGAGAAUGUCGCAGAUUUCUUCCGAAGGAAAUUAUCGAUCGCCUCAGUACAGUCCCUCGAACGCAUUCACUACUGCCGCCGAAGCCUCGCACAGCUCGUGCACUGCCUCAUGGGCCGCAUCAGUGUCGAUUGGAAUCAAGUCCUCGACCUAUUCGAGCAGCAUCUCGCAAGUGACAGCACGCUUCUCAUGGGGAUGAACUACUAUCAAGACCUUAUAACGCAGCUACACCUCCUGCAGAUCUGGUCAGCCGAUACGCUCCUUCCCGGGAACCCGCGAAUUGUAAUGAACAAGAACUCCGGACCAUUCCGUGAAUGGGUUUCGGUCCCACCUGUCAUCUGCGUCGCGUUCGCCGUUCCGCGGGCCAAACUCCAGCCCCUCGAAGAAGAAGACGCGCCCGGGAACCCCAUGCUGGCUGUCGAGUUCGGAAGUAAUGUGGUGUCGAACUACUUCUGUUCCAUCGAGACCGCGUUCGGCUCGCUGUCUAUCGACGGUGGUGGAGAAUACGCACAGGCCGUCAUCACCGAGGACCCGCGAGGCAAGGCAGGCGAUGCGGACAUCAUUGUGUCUGUAUGCGUGCCUGCGUGGAUGCUCGCGCACGACCCCGCCGCGACGAUGGUUCGUCUUGUUAUCGUGAGCACGCCUUCUACGACGGUGCUGGUCCAGAAACUCGGCCUGCGGCUGGUGAUCUAUGAGGCACGGUUGAUGGACGCGAAGGCUGUGAGCGUGCUCCGCAGCAGGCCGACCGUCGUCGACGGCACUAACGCUGCGGUCCCUCACCUGUCGUGGGCUGAAUGCGCGGCGACGUCUGCGCCAGUGUCUUUAACUGCAGAUGGGGCGAAAGUGGACAAAAUGACAAGGCGGACGGACAUCAAGGAACCGAAGGCGAAGACCGCGCUCGCUUCGAAGGACACUCCAGUGACAAUCACUCAAGCUGGAGCCUGUGAAGUAGAGCUCUCGAUAGGCUCUGCGCAUCACGAGAAACUGGGUUUUCCGUUUCCUGUCGACGCGACUCAAGCAAAACUUCGCAUUGCUCGUCAGUCGUCUUGGAUUGAGAUUGUCGCAACUCCUUGUCUGCUGGGUCGCAAAGGCGCGCCUAUUGGAACCCGCUUUCCGGUCGCCAUUCAUGAGCGUAAACCCUUUCCCUGGACGAUACACAGAGUCAAUCUUGACCGGCUACCUUCUUUAUCGACCGCCGACGUACCCAAGGACCGACUAAAGUGGAUCAACACUCACGUUAGUCUUGCAUUCUCGGAUGCUGAAAAGCUUUCGAGAGAAACGGGGGCCAUGCAAGCUCUUACACACGUUAAGGACUCAAUGCACAGCAUCUUCGUACAGGCGGUUGGGAUUCAGGGCCCCAAGAAGACCUCUGUGUUUGGUUUGCAUCGCACUUCAGGCGGGGGCGUGGAUACGCUCCUGUUCAUUACCGACAUCCGUCUUGAUAUUGCUGCACAUACGAUAUUGGCUGAUGCCUACGCCCUACCGCUGCACCUGAGUUUCCUUCACAAGCUUGGGCCCCGCCUCGCCGGGAUACGCGACCUCUGUCAGGUGAAUGUCAGUGCCGAGGAAUGCAUCGCGUGGAAGUACCUCCUUCCAAGCCUCGCCGAGCGCUGCCGAACAUGGGAGCACACGCCCAAGUGCGCGUACGCUGCGCCACGUGGGCGCGUCCCGCUCUCGACUGAGCACGGCGAGGUCCCGAUCUGUGCGUGCGGGCAAGGAAAGGUGGGCGAUGCCUUCCGCGUCCGGAAGGAAUGGACGCCUUUCCUGCCGUACGUCACACGCAUCGCGCUCAGUCCGCUCUUCGCCGUCUCGUUCCUCGAGUCUGUCGCCGGCGGCCUGAAGGCCUUGGUGAAUAGCGGGAAAACUGCCGGUACUGCUACCGUUGCUAGCCGUGCACGCGAGACAGCGCCGUCCUCUACAAGCUCUGGCAGCCGGCAGCCGGAUGUGUCCCGCUGCGGUGCGUGCAAAAUUACCAUCACAGCAGAUAGACCCAUGGUCUGUAGCCGGUGCAAGAAGGCCGCAUAUUGCAGUAGCGACUGCCAAACCAGCAAUUGGAAGGUACACAAGCGGUCCUGCAAGGCUGUUUAAUGGUAGAUAGUGUUCAAGUGCGUACGGUGUUAUCUGGUUUGAAUUUAGUACCAUUGAUACGAUGUGAAGGCUCCCGGUCAAGAGACUAGUCUCGGUAGAGAAUGGUUUUCUUU